AUGGAAAAGGGGCGCAACAAGUUCCAUGGCCGUCGCAUCCAGAGCAACGACGAAGAUUCCGACGAAUAUGGUGUCGAUGCCAUCACCACGCUUGAUCUACGGCCAAUUAUAGAAGCCACGAGCCUUACGGCUGAAGAGAAUGCUCAAGACCCAAUGUGGACAGUUGACUCUGGCUGUACCCGUCAAGUGAGCUCAAACCCCACGUGGUUCGAAGAGCUGACUCCGCGUACCGGCAAGGCCAUCACUGUUGGUGGUAAUCACCAAAUUCCCAUUAAAGGAACGGGAUCCGUGAAGAUACGUAUUAAGAACACCAAGGGAAAAGACCAACGGUCACUCUGCAUCAUGUCCGCUAUGCCCCAGAACUGCAGUACACCUUGCUCUCCAUCCGUCAAGCCGUCGGAGAUCUGUUCAAGAUCACCUUCCGCAACGCCAAGAAAUGCGUUCUCUUCUUCGCCCAUCGAAUCAAGUUCGAAGCGGAAACUGGACAAGACACUCGACUCGACCAGUUCGAAGCUCGCCCGGCAGACACCGAACAAGCCCACUCGGCUACUUCAGGAUCAGGCGAAAACUGAGCACGUCAAGGACAUGGUACUGUCGAAAUUCGACCCAAAGCAAGACUAG